AUGGCGGAUCUGCAAGGACGCAAGGUCUUCAAGGUCUUCAACCAGGACUUUAUCGUCGACGACCGCUACACCGUGACCAAGGAGCUCGGCCAGGGCGCCUACGGUAUCGUCUGUGCCGCCGUCAACAACAAGACGAACGAGGGCGUCGCCGUCAAAAAGGUCACCAAUGUCUUCAGCAAGAAGAUCCUCGCCAAGCGCGCCCUGCGCGAGAUCAAGCUGCUGCAGCACUUUCGCGGCCACCGAAAUAUCACCUGUCUGUACGACAUGGACAUCCCCAGACCAGAGAACUUCAACGAGACGUACCUCUACGAAGAGCUCAUGGAAUGCGACCUGGCGGCCAUCAUCCGCUCCGGCCAGCCCCUGACCGACGCCCACUUCCAGUCCUUCAUCUACCAGAUCCUCUGCGGCCUCAAGUACAUCCACUCGGCCAACGUCCUGCACCGCGACCUCAAGCCCGGCAACCUGCUCGUCAACGCCGACUGCGAGCUCAAGAUCUGCGACUUUGGCCUCGCCCGCGGCUUCUCCAUCGACCCGGAGGAGAACGCCGGCUACAUGACCGAGUACGUCGCCACGAGGUGGUACCGCGCCCCCGAGAUCAUGCUGAGCUUCCAGAGCUACACCAAAGCUAGCUGCAUCCUCGCCGAGCUCCUCGGCGGCAGGCCCUUCUUCAAGGGCCGCGACUACGUCGACCAGCUCAACCAGAUCCUGCACAUCCUCGGCACGCCCAACGAGGAGACGCUGUCGCGCAUCGGCUCGCCCCGCGCGCAGGAGUACGUCCGCAACCUGCCCUUCAUGGCCAAGAAGCCCUUCCCGCAGCUCUUCCCCAACGCCAACCCGGACGCCCUCGACCUGCUCGACCGCAUGCUCGCCUUUGACCCCUCGAGCCGCAUCUCGGUCGAGCAGGCCCUCGAGCACCCCUACCUGCAGAUCUGGCACGACGCCUCGGACGAGCCCGACUGCCCGACCACCUUCAACUUUGACUUUGAGGUCAUCGACGACGUCGGCGAGAUGCGCAACAUGAUCCUCGACGAGGUCUACCGCUUCCGGCAGCUCGUGCGCACGGCGCCCGGCAGCGGCGGCGGCGGUGCGGCGGGCGCGGCGGCGGCGGGCCAGCACGGGUCCGGCGGCGCGCAGGUGCCGCUGCCGACGGCGGCGGCCAACGGCGGCGCGGCGGGCCAGCAGUGGAAGGCCGAGGACCCCAGGCCGCAGGAGUAUGUGGGCCAGCAGGGCGGGCUGGAGCAGGAGCUCGCGGGCGGGCUGGACGCGAGGAGGUAA